UCUGUUGCCCACCGACCAGGCCGAGUGUCCGAGGGUUUCUCAGUUCAUUUUAUUCGUUUACGAACAAAACAACUGAUUCGUUCCAAGCUUUUUCGAAAUUUUACCUUCAGAAUAUGUGUUUAAAUUUUCUCAGCAUAUAGGAGUAGAGCCAAAUCGUCAGUAAAUCCAGCAGUGUAAAAAUCGAAAAAAAUUAAAAAAAGAAAAAGACAUUUUUGGACGAACAGUUGGCAAGCCGAAACUUCAGUUGCGAACCGGCGUAAGCGAUUCCUGAGUCACGAUGGCCGAGAACACGGAGUACACGGACGAGGGCGGCGAGUACGAGGACGAUGAGCACUUCCUCGACGAGCACGGAAUGAUGGAGGAGGGGCCCGAGGUGGACCUGUUCUCCAUGCUGGGCGAGUCCUCCGACGACCCGGAGCAGAAGCGCAUGUACAUGGAGUACCUGUCGCUGAUCAAGGAGAUCGACUGCCAGAACAAGAUCAUCCAGGACAUCAAGGGCAACAUCAUGGACAUGUGCGCGAAGCCCUGCAAGACGCGCAACGAGCUGCGCGAGAUCAAGCGGCUGCGCAUCUGCAUGGAGCAGGAGAACAUCAAGCUCCACACCAUGAUGAACCGGGCGGUGCAGCUGCAGAACUUCGGCUCGCACCGCCACUACCGGGAGCUGCCGAUGACCACCACCGUGGACGAGGACAACCUCUCGCCGUACAUGUGUGGCAUCGGAGUGCCUGCCCCGCCCGGCGGCAGCAGCGAGGAUCCCUGCGGCGAGGAGCCCAGCUCCUGCCCGAGUGUCUGCGGCGGCGGAGGCGGAGGCGGUGGUCAGCGGGACACGGCCGGACAGGAGGACAGGCUCAUCUGCGCGCUGCAGAAGGCCAUGCAGAAGAUGAAGGGCGCCUGCCCGGAGGACCGCAAGAUGAUCGAGGAGAUCGCCUGCGCCAUCAUGAGCUGCAAGAAGCAGCCGGUCUGCGUGCCGGGACCCUGCCCCAAGCCCUGCCCGAGCCCCUGCCCGAGUCCCUGUCCAGCUCCCUGCCAGGGCCCCUGUCCCGAGAGCAGCAGCACCAGCAGCGCCCCCUGCUCCCCCUGUCCUCCGCCCAAGAGGCAGCGCCCGCAGAAGGCUCCCUGCCCGCCGCCGUGCCCGCCGCCCUGCCCGCCGAAGUGCGACUCCAUGGAGAAGCUGAAGCGGCGCAUCCAGAGCAUGCAGUCCUCGGUGAAGAAGCUGCUCCAGGAGGUGACCUGCCGCGAGGGGCCGGAGCCGCCCUGCUCCGACGACGACGACGAGGAGCAAGAUGAGUCUCCCUGCAGCCGGCCCUGUCCGCCCAGGCCGCCCUGCCCUGAGGACCCCGACCCGCUGGUCAUCUGCGGCGGCAAGCGCAACACCAAGGCGGACAAGUACGAGAAGAUGAAGGAGAACUACACCCGGCUGCUCACCGAGUUCCAGCGCAAGGAUUGCCAGAUGAAGGAGAUGCAGAAGCGGAUGAAGGGCAUCUGUGGCCCCUGCCCGGCCAAAGGAGGCGACGGGGACGCCGACGCCGCCGAGCUGAACCUGCUCCGCGCCCGAGUCAAUGAGCUGAAGGAGGAGCAGCUGGAGUUCAAGUGCAUCAUGAAGGAGCAGUCGCAGCAGCUGGAGGACUACCGCAACAAGUACCUGCUGGCCCAGCAGAAGGUCGAGGAGCAGUGCGUCUCGCUGGAGAAGCUGAACAUGAACAACAAGCGCAUCGAGCAGCAGAUCAACACGGAGGUCAAGGAGAUCCGCGCCAAGUUCCAGGAGAAGCUCAACGAGCUGCUCCACUUCCCCAAGCUGCUGGAGAACGAGCAGCUGAAGCUGGCGCAGGUGUGCAAGGAGAAGGACGAGAUGCAGACCAAGCUGGUGGUCGUCUGCAAGGAGCUGAAGGCCUGCAAGGCCCAGCUGGAGCAGCCCAGCAUCGACGUGCGCCCCCAGCUGGCCCAGUGCCAGAUGGAGCUCACCCAGGCCCGCAACGAGCUGGAGGAGCUGCUGCGGCAGCGGGACCUCUUCUGCGAGCAGCUCAAGUCCACGCAGGACGACCUCGACACGCUGCGCACCGAGUCUGCCAAGAUCAUCGCCGGCACCAAGGAGCGCGCCGAGCUGAUCAAGUCGCAGCAGCAGGAGCAGAUCAACCGGCUGGAGAAGGAGCUGGCCCAGUGCCGCGCGACCGCCUCGCUGUCCGUCAACGAUCGGGAGGCAGUGAUCCGGGAGAUGCAGGGCCAGCUCAACUCGCUCUCCUACAGCUUCGAUGCCGCCCAGAAGCAGAUCAAGACGCUGCGCAACCACAUCGCCUACGUGUCCAACGAGAACUGCUUCCCCGUCAAGUGCUGAGUGGGAAGGAGUCCAGAAUCGCCUUCAGAAAGUACACAUCAAACCAAUCGGCGUGCCAGUCUCACAUUCGUCCCCUAAACAGUCACGAUCAUUUUUCAAUUUAUUUUGUAACCCAAAUCUUAGUCGAUCUAAUAAAUGUAUUAGAACAUUUUUGGCCAACAAA